AUGAAUAUAUAUAUAUAUAUAUAUAUAUUGCGUUCGUUCCAUGUGGGUACAAAAACUUCAAAGAAAUCCCAAUAUUGGGCUCAUGCCGAUCAUGUGGAAUUUUUGAAACCCUAUCAAGGGCCAGGAAGGUGCGUAGAUAACGAAAAGAAAAAAAAAAGAAAACAGAUCCACAUAUUUUGCCUUCUGAUAUAUCAGAAAGAAGAUGAAGAUAAUGAAUGUGAUUUGGGAUAUCAGGUGUUGGCCAAACCCACAUCUAAUAGUGGUGACGACGAUUUAAACACUUCAAUAACGCAAACUCAAACGGCUACUAAUAAUACCAAUAAUGCGGAUGGAAUCAGCGGUAAUAUUAGCGGUUUGCCGUUAAAUACCUCUCCGACUGUUGUGAGUUGUAGUUCAGCGAUAGGCUUAGUAAAUGCCACUAGUAAUACCACCACAACCGCAGCAAGACUUGUUUUGCUUUACCUACAGUACAAUUACCACCUUCUUUAAUAGUUACGUGGCAAAGUCAAGCUUCGCUCCCGGCGUUGAAUACCAAAAAUCCGAUUACAAUGCAGUACCGCUAGCUCUGUAGAUUGCCUAUUCCAAGCAAAUCGGGACCUUAAUACCUUAUUCUUUCUCAGUUUGGCCAAACAAGUGUGAGCAACGCCAACAAAAUUUCACUCUUUAGCCAAAAUGCGUUGCAUGCGCAUUGUCAGCGAUAUUGAACUCGAGCUUGAUAACUUUUUGAUUAUGUCUAUAAAAAUUCGGGCAGUUUGGAGCUUGGCUUUGUCAAUCUGCACACUACCCUCUGUUGAAAUUUCGACCAAUGGCAAUUUAACGAUUUAUUAUAAAUAAAU